CUUAAUUGUUGAUCUUAUUGAAUUGAUUGUUUUGUGAGAUACUUACGGUUUACUUAUGAUCAGAAAUAUUGAUAACCUUGAUUUUAGUAUCUUUAUAUUUACUAUUGAACAGUUAGUUGAUUGUCAAUUAAGCUAUUUGCAGAUUCACCGAUUCACAUAAUUGUAACAAUCAACUUUCUCUUUUGUUAAUCAAUUGGUUUUUCAAGAAGAUCUGAAAAGUUUGCUAACUAUUGAUAAUUCAUAUCUUUACUUUUUUAUCGGUUAACUAUCCAAUAGAUUGAAUAUCAAACUGGUUGAUCAUCUCUCGAUUAAAUCACUUCAUUUAUCAUUUACUUCAAUUAUCUCAAUGAUUUUAGCAGUGAUUUGAAUCUCAACUAAUCUUGAAUCUUUAUCGUCUCAAUGACAAUUGAUUUCGGUACAUUUGAUUGCCGAUGAUUUGAUAACUCAAGUAUUCAAGUACUAAUUAAUCACUAGGAUUAAUCACUUGGUAGCACCAUGAUUUGAAUGUGUUGGAAGUAUUUUCAAUGAAAACGAUUGAAAUUAAUUUCGAAAUCAGUUCUCUUAACUAUUAUUACUUCCAGAUUGAUCAUUUAAGAAGUUUAUUUAAUCGUGUCAACAUUGAUCAGCAUUUUCUGUAUUUUUAAUUGUUCGCAAUUAACAUGAAACCAAAAUAUCGUAUAUUAAUUUCAGCUUUAGAUGCAUUCGGUCACAUUAAUUGUACCCUUGGUUUCGGUGAGAUUCUUGCUGAGGCGGGACAUGAAGUGACCUUUGUCCACCGAGCCCAUUACAAGAAACUCGCUGAUAAACGAGGUUUCAAGUUUCUUCCCUAUGACGAGUCGAUAUUUGAAAAUCUCCCACCAGGACCUUAUGUCGAUUGGGUCGAAAGAAAUUUGGACAAAUUUCGAUCUGAUGCUCUUCAACGAUACGCGAAUUGGACUGAUGAAGAUAAAGAAGUUUGCGCUUCGAUGGUCAAUGAAAUUAAAAUUGGAGAUCAAGCGAUGGGGAAAUUUCUUGACGAACAUCAAGAUUCAUUUGACAUUUUAAUCGGUGACUUUGUGACCAAAUAUCCGUCCAUAUCUCGAUCAACUAUUCCAUACAUACCAAUAGCAUCGAUGAAUCCACUGUUAAUUUAUCCUCGAGGUCCUCCACCGUUUUCUGGUUACUCAGUUAAUGUGGACAAGGAAAAAGCCCUCGAGUUCAGACGAAUAUACCGAGAUUCAGCUUCGAAAUUGUUUGAUAAGCUUCAUGCUUGGUGGAAGUCAUCUAAUGUGUCUUGUUUAACUGAAGUUAAUUGGAUUCUCGAUACACCAAAGUAUUUUGGAUUCUAUCAUUAUCCUGAAGGUCUCGAUUACAAAGAGUGUGAACCCAAGGAUCCAGCCGAUAAAUGGUUUCGAGUUGAUGCUUCGAUCCGGAAGCCUGACGAAGAAAGUGAAUUCGUCAUACCAGAAUCAAUCGCUUCUUUACCUGGAAAGUUAAUUUACUUUUCUCUCGGAUCAUUAGGAUCAGUUGACGUCGAUUUAAUGAGAAAAAUGAUUUCGAUCCUUUCAAAGUCCCCUCAUCGAUUCAUCGUAUCCAAAGGACCGAAAGGUGAUGAGAUCGAGUUACCAUCAAACAUGUGGGGCCAAAACUAUGUCAAUCAAAUCGCGGUUAUAAAAGUCGUCGAUAUGGUCAUAACCCAUGGUGGAAAUAACACUUUCCUCGAAACAAUUUACUUCGGUAAACCUUUAAUUGUGAUGCCUUAUUUUUACGAUCAGUUCGAUAAUGCCCAACGGGUGGUUGAUUGUCGUAUUGGAAGACGAUUAGAUACUUGGAAUUUAGAUGAAAAAAUUGUUCUAAAUACUAUUGAAGAGACACUAAAUGACCAAGAAAUGACCAGGAAGAUCAAAGAAAUUGCUCUCUCAAUGAGGUCAACUAAAAGUCGUGAAAGAGCAGUUGAAAUGAUUGAAAACCUAAUCUCAAAUCUAAAGAAUAACAAUUCAAUCGCCAAUUAAAAUCAAUUCUUUAUUCAAAUUCAAAAAAUUCUCUCUCAUUCGCCAAAUUAACUAAAUCAUAUUCGACUAAUAUUUUCUGUGCAAAGAUCUGAAAAAUUAGUUCGGAAAUCCAAUGUAAGUUAGUUAAGCCUCGAUUGACAAGUUGAAGCCGAACUCGAUGGCUUUUUGAAGAUGAGCCGUAAAGUUGGUUUACCGCCGGAACUUGAGCUCCUCCUGGUUAAGCCGAGUUUCAGUCAAUUGUUUAUCUUGUCAAUUUAUCAAUAAUUAGAUGGCAGCAUUUGUACAUUUUGUUAAUCUUUUUAUGUUAAUCUCGACGCAUCUUCAGUGAGAUUUUUUUUCAUUUCAAUUGACCAAAUUUAGUAUUUAAAGGACUUGCGUUCUCGCCUUUCAUUUAAACUGUUGGUAAACUCGUUCUGCUCACACCAAGCUCUUAAUUGAGACUAGUUAGUGUUAGUUAGUGGAAGUUAAUCUAACCUUCAUCAAUUUUCAUCUUUAGUUUUCUUUUUAUUGUGAUUCAGUUAACUGUUAAUUUCUUUUCUCACCAAUAAAAUGCAUUGUCAAGGCUCUGGACGCUUCUGUUCUAAGGACUGUGAACGUGUUUAUUUACGCUCAAAGUACAAUAAUGUCCCGCUCAAUAGAUAUGAGAUGUUACGAAAACAAAAAAUGGACGAAAAAUUGGAAGAAGCCGCUGAUUCGAUGAUUCGACCUUACGGUUAUUCACGGACCAUAGUGAGAGCGAUGGCCGAAGCAUCAAGACGAAAUUUGAAAGUCUGUUCAAUGGACGUGGAAACGGCCGAAGUGGUAAACGAAAACGGAUCCUGGCAAGUUGUACCAAUUUGGGUCGUUAUUAUCGAUGGGGACGGUGAUGUUGUUUACAACGAGUUCAUCCGACAUCCUGGUUGUAAAAUUUACGAUUCCAGAUUUCGAACUCCAAUCCAUGGCCUGGUCCCGAAAGACAUUGAAAGAGGUGUUGUCUUCUCUUGUGCCCGUGCAACUAUUGUUAAUCUACUCGAUCAAUUUGAUCGAAUCAUUGUCUCUGGACAAUAUCAAGAUUUCGAAACAUUGGAAAUUUCACCCGAAGAUCAUUUUCAAAACUAUUUGCCUAAAAUCGUAGACAUUUCCUCUUAUUACGAUUGCCAUAAAGUCCACGAAAGACUUGGACUUAAACGUUGUGCCUUCGUUAUGUUCAAUGUCAUCUUACAAUCUGGACAUCAUUCAGCAUUGACCGAUGCAAUGUACACCCUUUACUUGUACCUGAUUGAUUUUCAUCGAAUUGAAAGAAUCGUUCCUUCACUCGAUUAUGUGAUUCAUUUGGGAAACGAUUACAAUGGUUAUCAAUACCCUAAGAAUCAACUCAUGGCGAGUCUCCUGAGAAAUACAUUGAAUCAGGUCGGCGAUUGGCCUAAUUCAUUCAAGUACAGUCCUUACGAUAAUGAAAGAAAACGCUAUCGAAAAAUGUGUUCUCGAGUCUAUAAUUCCAAUGAUUAUAUCAACGGAGUUCCAGACGAUGAACUGCCUCACCCAUACAGAAUGACCAAUAAUCGUUUGAACGAAAUUGAUUCAGCAAAAUUCCGUAGCAUUUAAACUGAGCAUCGAGCCCAUUUCAAAGGCCGAAGCUACUUUACCAAGUUUGUAUUCUCAAAGAUUCAAUUUUUAGAUAACUUAAUUCAAAUAUGAAUCUUUACCAAUUCGGCCAAUUGCUUUAAUCAUUUUACUUAAAAUCUAAUAAUAUUUGAGAUAUUAAUAUUUUCA